AUGGCUCUUCCCCACCCCGAAUGCUGCCCGUCCGUCAGCAGUGAGUUUGAUUUGUGGACCUUACCCCCGACCGACACCAGCGUUCGAGAAGGCCGCUGGGAUGCUUACAGCCCCAUCGCCAGCCUGAGUGAUGUGGGACCUGUAGAAUUUGUCAUCACCAACGCUGACGCAGACACUUACUUGGACUUGGCCAACACCAUGCUGUACGUGAAGGCAAAAAUCCUCAACGGGGACGGGACUGUUGUGGCGGCUGACAAGAAGGUGGCUCCGACUAACCUGUGGAUACAAUCCAUGUGGCGACAGGUAGACCUCUCCCUGAACGAUAAACUCAUCACGCCGUCCACCAACAUGUACCCAUACCGGGGUUACUUGGAGACAUUGUUGUCUUACGGUAAAGAGGCUAAAAAGAGCCAGCUGUCUGCUGCCUUGUGGUAUGCGGACACCCCAGGAAAGUUUGACACGAUGACUGACACCAACGCCGGGUUUGUCGAUCGGCUGAACUGCACGGCUGAAAGUCGGUCGGUUGACAUGCUGGGUCGCCUGCAUUGUGACAUGUUCCUGCAACACCGACACCUGCUCAACAACGUCACUGUCCGCAUCCGUCUCACCCCGGCUAAGGAUUCGUUUGCUUUGAUGUCCGAUGAAGCCGCUCCCGGCUACAAGACUCGCUUGGAGGAGGUCUUGAUCUUUGUGCGCAAAGUGAAAAUCACCAGCGGUGUGCAACUGGGGCAUUUGAAAGCCUUGGCCAAAGCUCCUGCCAAGUACCCAAUCCGCCGCGUGCUGACCAAGUAUUUCUCUGUCCCCAGAGGUCACACCCUCAUCAAUGAACAAAACCUAUUUCUGGGCAGCUUACCGACACGUUUAGUGGUGGGGUGUGUGAGCAACAAGGCUUUUGACGGGGACUACACUAAAAACCCGUUUCGUUUCCGGCACUACUACACAAACUUCGUCGCCUUGUACGUUGGCGGUCGUCAGAUUCCAACCAAGCCCCUGACACCCGACUUUGAGAACGAGAAUUUCAUCCGCACGUACAUGAACCUCUUUACUCACACGGGGAAAGCGUUCCACGACGAGGGAAACAAUACCAAGCGCACCACAUUCGCCGAAGUUGAACAGCCCAAAACAACAAACAACAACAUGGACACGGUACAAUUGCGACGUGUGCUACAAACAGACGUGUUUACCCGGGCUGUGGUGGGGGGAGGGGGUGGUGUCUACCCUCGGGAUCAUCUCCCCUCACUCCCCCUCAAGCCCCUCACACCCCCUCAAGCCCCUCACACCCCUCACGCCCCUCAUACCCCACCCCUAGGACGCCCUGGACCCCCUGGGCCUGCAUCAUUAACACAGACACGUGCCUUCGCCCAGGACGACAUUGGGUCGCCGUCUUCAUAG